CCCUUUGAGGAAACUAUUAAUUGCCAAUACUCAAUUUCCAUCCACAGUUUUUCGCUCAAAAAUUCUACUUUGAGUAUUCGGUUUCUCUCAUUCUCCUUAAAUUCUUGGUCUUUUUACUACUACUGGCAAAAGAAAUGGACAAACGUCGCCGGAAGCAAGCAAAGACUAGUAGCUGCUGCUCUGAAGAGGUGAGCAGCAUUGAGUGGGAGUUCAUAAACAUGUCGGAACAAGAAGAGGAUCUCAUUUAUAGAAUGUAUAAACUCGUUGGGGACAGGUGGGCCUUAAUUGCUGGUAGGAUUCCUGGCCGGAAAGCUGAAGAAAUAGAAAGGUUUUGGAUCAUGAGACAUGGGGAAGUAUUCGCCAACAGGCGAAGAGAGCUGAAGAAACGUAAUUCUUGAUGCCUUUUUAUUAGUUUUAGUAGCAUCAAAUUUAUUAGGAAAGAAUUAUUAUCUUUCUCUCAUGUUUUUAUCUGUCUCUUCCCCCCUCUCUUAUUCUCAGUAAGGCUUGCAUGCCCCCUGAAUUGUAUGGCACAAGGUUUUUGUUGGGAUGGAAAUGGAAGUAGUUGCAGUUUUAUUUGGAUAU